GAAUUAAGCAAAGACAAGUUUCAUUCCAGCCUACCAUCACCGUUAUAAUUAGACAACUUUGUUUUUCAUUUCAUUGCUUGCUGUGUGUUACACAUAGAAGAGGUUUGGGACGUUUCUUUCUGAAAAACUCUACAGACUGUAUUAUUUUUGUUUGCAUUUCUAUUAAUAUUUAUAUGUAAAUUGUGAUUAGGCAAUCAGAGGUGCAUAGUAAUUUUAAUAGCGUCAUCUCUUUAUUUUAUUUGAUAGUUUAUACUUACUUUUAUUGGUUGUAUUGUUUUCUUUAUGUGUCGCCUUACCAAUUUUUAAACAAGCUCCUGCCAGUAUCUGUCAUUAACUCUUGUGAAGUACUAAUACGUUUUUUCUCUUCGUAAGGUAAUACUUACCACUUGCAGUUCUCAGCUUCUCAUUCCAAAAACUUAAACAAGAGUAUUUUGUAAAUAAACAGAACUUCAAAUUCCUUCUUUUGCUGUACCAUUUGUCAGAUCACGUUAUGAAAUGUAACUAACCUGUAUGAAAGAAACAUGGAGAAAGUCCCAGAGUAUCUUAUGAUAGGUUAUUUAUAGUGAGCUAUUAACAGACACAAACUGUACUGAGAUCAUUUUCUAUCCUGCAAAUAUUGCUUUCAACUUAAUAAUCACUUCUUCAAAGUGUGAAGUCUUCCACAAGCUCAACUCCCUUGAAAGACAGAGGCCCAAGUUUUGAUGAGGUAAAAUGGAUGAAAGACAUAACCUGAAGACUUAACAUCUGUGUCCAAUUAAAAGGCAGUGUUUUACUACAAAAAGGUGAUCCAAGUUGUGCUGACUGGCCAUGUAUAAUGCUAUAUAUAUAUCUGAUGAUAAUUCUGAUGAUGAAAUCCCUACCCAGCAAGCUAUUCAGGAAAGCUUACAAGAUAUGCAUAAAAAUGAAACAAGUGCCAAUGCAAUAGAGGAUGAAAGUUUCCAGUUUGUUGCCAGUAAGGAACGUGGAAUGAUAAUUGCAGCAAUUCGGACAGGCCAAGAAGAGGUCCUGAAGAAGCUGGUGAGGCACAGUUUGGCUUUUGAGGAGGCCGAUCAGCAAGGCUGGCUUCCCGUGCAUGAAGCUGCAUCACAGCUAAAUAUGAACAUCCUUGAAAUAACAUUCAAAGCCUCCCGUGCCAUUACGUGGGAACAGACCACACUAAAAGGGGAAACACCUCUCUUGGUGGCAGUAAGAAAUUGCUUUGUAGACAAUGUCCGCUUUCUCCUGUUCAAUGGCUGCAAUCCCAAUGUUAAGAAUGAAGAGGGAGAUUCUCCUUUAGUUGUAGCAAUUAAAUACAAUUCAUAUGAGAUUGCCACCUUGUUGAUAAAUUCUGGUGCAAAAGUGAAUUUGCAGUGUGUCCACAAGAGGACUGCUUUGCAUGAAGCAGCCAGACUAGGCAGAAAGGAUCUGGUGAAGCUUCUGCUUCGUUCUGGAGCAGAUCCUGACCCUCGCAGCGGAUAUGGGCUCACACCUCUUGCACUGGCUGCACAAGCUGGACACACAGAAAUCAUGGAACUCUUAUUGCAAAAAGGUGCUGAUGUUCUUUCACAGGCAAUGGACUGUUCUUCUGUAUUAUUUGAAGCAGCAGGAGGAGGAAAUCCUGAUUCCCUGAGCCUUUUGCUAGAAUAUGGGGCUGAUGCCAAUGUACCAAAGCACUCAGGUCAUUUGCCAAUCCACAGAGCUGCAUAUAGAGGACACUUUCUUGCCUUAAAGAAUUUAGUUCCGGUUACUAAUUUUGAUGCCAUUAAAGAAAGUGGAAUAAGUCCGAUUCACUCAGCAGCAGCAGGAGCUCAUCCUCAGUGCCUUGAGUUUCUUCUCAAAUCUGGGUUUGAUGCCAAUUUUAUGUUGGAUCAAAGAAUUCGCAAAGGCUACGAUGACCGCCGAAAAUCAGCCUUAUACUUUGCUGUUUCAAAUGGGGAUAUCUGUUCAACACAGCUGCUGCUAAAUGCUGGAGCCUUGCCAAACCAAGAUCCCAUCAACUGUCUGCAAAUAGCCUUGAGAAUGGGCAACUAUGAGUUGAUGAAUCUACUGCUCCGACAUGGGGCUAAUGUCAAUUACUUCUGCAGAGUGAAUACAACACAUUUCCCAUCAGCUCUACAGUAUGCUCUGAAAGAUGAAGUCAUGUUGAGAAUGCUGAUGAACUAUGGCUAUGAUGUGCACCGCUGCUUUGAUUGCCCUCGAGGAAACACUUCCCAUUCGCAGUACGUGACUGAUGGAUGGACUUCGACUGUUAUCAAAGAUACAAUGUUCUGUGAAGUGAUAACCUUGUCAUGGCUGAAGCAUCUUUCUGGGAAAGUGGUGAGAGUAAUGUUAGAUUAUGUCGAUCACGUUAACAUCUGCUGGAAGCUAGAAGCAGUUCUCAAAGAACAGGAACUCUGGGCAGACAUCAAUUCAAUUUUAACAAAUCCUCGCUCUCUAAAGCACCUUUGUCGUCUGAAGAUACGAGAAUGCAUGGGUCGGUUGCGUCUCCGUUGUCCUGUCUUCAUGACCUUCCUUCCACUGCCAAACUGCCUGAAAGACUACAUACUAUACAAGGAAUAUGAUCUUUAUGGACAGAAAAACUACCUAGGAACCUCCAACCUCAACUGCACUUAAUUAUUAGCUCUGUAAUUUGGAGGGAAUGGUGAAGUGGGUAAGACUACCUUAUGCAUCUCUUUUUUAUUUGGGGAUUUUUAUCUCAUAUGUAAAUUAAGGAAUAUGAAGUUUCAGCAUCCCCCCUUACCCCUGAAGAAAAUGGGGACAACCUCAAACUGUAAGUAUUGGUGAUCCCAUUCUAUAUGAAUACGGUGGAAUAUAAAAUAUCUGAAAGUUAUGGCCAUACUGCUUUAAAUACUUACUGUGAAAAUUUAAAGAACUGUUAAAAUCAGAGGUAGGGCUGUAAACCUUGCAUUAUUGCUAGGUAAAAGGCUGUCAUAACAUGUAAUGCUACCUCCAACUGCAAGGUUAAACUCAAGUUUUGGUUGAAGGCCAUGAAGUUAAUUAAAACCAGGAAGGGACAUAAUUGUUUUUAAAUCUUGUACCUUCCCUUCUAUUGCCCCAAAGUAGAGGUUUUAUUUAUGAAGACCUACAGCAAAGUUCUAGAAAGCAGCAUAAGUAGAUGUCUUUUUUUUCACCCAGUUACAUGAUCCCACUUCCUAAGCAUUAAGCUGGGAUUAACAGCUACAGAUGCCUGCUUAUUACAGCAGCUAGUGUGAAACACCAAUGUUUCAACAAGGCAACAGUACUUCUGAAACAGGUUACUUCUGCAUCUCAGUCUCAGGUAUUGACAUGUCUCAUCCACUAUGUAUUGGAUUGCUCUCUCUACAACUAGCUUCCUUUUACAGUGCUGUCCCAAGACAUGCUUGCAUUUUUUUGGAGUUGCUCUUGAAACAGUUGCAACUUAAGCUUAGAAAGCAUUUACCUGAGAGCAAUCACCACUGUUGUCUUAAAGUCUUACAUGAUACACGCAGACCUGUAGCAUGCUUAUUCUUUCUAAAAAUAGUACUGAUGCCAGUCUGUGUAUUUAAAAAAAAAUCAACACAGGUGGUAUUAAUAGUAUUUAUCAGGUAAGCAUAGAUUUUCUUGUUAUACAUGCAUCUGUGUUCACUUAAAGUUACAUAAUUCAAAAGUCUGCUUUUCUCCAGAAAAAUCUACAGAUUUUAUAAAAUACAAAUUUAACCAUAAUAUAGUUAUGGCCCUUGCUUUUUACAUGGUGUCUGUCAUGUAAUUAAGAAAACUAAUGAAGCCAGUGAAAAUAUGUAAGUACCCAUGUUAAUAGUUGUGCUGGUAUAGCUUCUGUACACAUGAAUUCUGAUCAUUACCAUAAUGACAGCUCUGUACAAAGUGCUACACAUCGUCAGGUAACCAGAGCAACAUGUGCGCUAAAACAGCCAGCUAGGAGAGUAAGGAUUUUCUAUGAAUGUUCAGUCUUUAAUUGUUGCAGACGUUAUCAGCAUUCCCAAGUACAGCAACUUCCUCCGAGUAUAUCUGGCUAAUAAGAUUAAACUUAAGGGAAUUGAGAUAUGGUUUGACAACAGAGGGAUUCAACUGCACAUUAAAACUUCAUUCAGUGGGAGGGAAUGCAUCCUGUCACCAGUAAUGGAGCAUCCUCAAAAUCAGUAUUAUGAAAUAAGCAGGCAGCUUUCGCAUCAGUACAAAUUCCUCCCUGGAAGUUACUAUACUUAAGCUUUUAUUUAACCUACAAAAUGCUGACUGAAGCUCUGGCAUAAUAUAUGAUUUAUUGUUCAUGCUUCCAAGAUUAAGACACAACAAUCAAAGCUAAAUUAAGUAUACUAGUGGAGGCUUUAAUACAGCUAUUCAGGGAAAAAAUGUGUUAGUCUCAAACAUUGCAAAAAUUACACUUCACUAGAAAAGGACCAAUCCAGAACAUUAUCGUAAGAAUUUGACCACUCCACUGUAUCAUAAAAAUAACCUGAAAGAUUUUACAAAAUCCUUGGCUUACAAUAUAGACUUCAUUAGGGAUACAAGUGCAUUCACAAUGACACAACAACUUAUUCUUGUCAUAAGAACUUAGAUACCACUGUGGCAGGGAAAACAACAACAACAACAACAACAAACACUUAGUACCUGGGUG